AUGUCAUCCUUGCCUGAGCAGGUCGCCGAGACCAUCCAGACCGCCCACAUUGCGCACAACCCCGACCCGGCACACGAUCUCGCGCCCGCCACAGCCGCCGACGAAAAGGUGCCCGUGUCCCUAUCUCACGAAGACGAUGACGUCGAUUCUAUCGAUCAUGAGGAGGACGUGCCCUACAGUGUCCUGAAACCGGCUCCCCGCUCCACUAAGCUGCCUCCCAUGCCUGACCUGCGCUUCGAGCAGAGCUAUCUCAACAGCAUCGCCUCGGCCAACACAUGGUGGAAAGUGGCCUUGAUCACAGCCAGGGAUCAGGUCUUGAUGCCCUUGACCCAGGGUGUCCUGUACAACCUCCUUAUCUGCGGAUGGCAGCACUGGAAUCGCAAUGCCCAGCUUCAGGGCAACACCAUGGGUGUGCGUCUUCGGAGGUGGUGGUAUGGCGUCAACAACUGGAAGAUUCCCAACCGAUGA